AUGUCUCUGUAUCCGUCUCUAGAAGAUAUGAAGGUUGAUCAGAUGGCUCAAGCACAGGUAAUUUUAGUUUUAGACGUAAAUUCCCGAUAAAAUUGUACCGGUAUGAUUUCUGAAAUUUGCGAGGCUCUCGAAGGUAUUUUAAAGCGAUCGACAGUCGUUGGUUUCCUUGAUGUGUGGAAGCUUUAUUUUGACAUUUAUACGAAUGAACGAUAAACCUCAGCCUUCUUAGAUGUUAUGUUACUUCAACAGUCCAUCAAUCCUAUCAAAACUGGCAAUUGCUUUGUAACUUUUAGAAUUAGUUUUCCUUCCUGAAUUUCGACUUCAGAAGGUUUCUUCCCUAGCUCAUUGCAAAAUAAUUUGUCACGUAAAAGACUGCAGGGUAGUCAGCUUCAGUAUUUCAGGAGAUCUGAUGUAUUUUCUCUUGCUAGCUUUUAAUGAACGAUCAGGAAAGUAAUAUACCUAAGAAAUCAUGUAAUCUUUUUUUUUUCUGUCUUGUUCUCGCACAGGCUCAGCAAGCUCGCCCACAACAGCCUGCCCUUGGUUACCAAGUAAGUGAUAACCGAUUUUCUUGACAUCAACCACAAAAUUUUUCACCCAUUAGUAUAUUUAAAGUACUUAUUAAAUUCUAUAGGUGUAAAAACUCAGCCAUACUUGUUUGUAUUUUGAAUCUAUUCUACAUUGAGGUCGCGACACUCGAUACUUGAUCCAGUGACAUCAUUGUGAGAAAAUAAACACCUUUACAUUUUCUUCCUGAUUUCUCAAGCUCUCUCUGAGCAAUUGAUUAUUUUUUGAGGGUAGGAGGGGGGUAGGACAAAAUACAUGGAAAAUUACUACAAGAAAGAACCCCUUAGUUAUGUAUAAUUAAAAUUCCGACCGUUCAUAAAUACCACUGUUCUUAGGUGUUUUUUUUCAAUUUACAGGUUCCUGCUUCGGUCCCAGGGGCUAGGCCGGUUGCCCCUACCAGUAGUCUCUAUCCCUCUCUUAAUGACUACAUGGGUCUUGCUGUUUCUGAGGAUGCUGUCAGGCAACAUGUGCCAGGAUAUGUAAGUAGAGUGAAAUCAUACAGUAUGCUGGUUGACAAAGAUUUCAAUUACAGCUAGCUCAGGGUUUGGAGGAGAAGCCCACCUCCUGACCCAUUCUUAGAAGGCAAAGGUUUCACCCAUUUUUUAAUCUCUGUCUCUCAACAUUUUUGUGAUGGGUAACCCUAUCAGGACUUCAGGAGUUAAGCUGAUAUGGCCUUAAACCCCUUAAAGUGACUGGCUUCUAAUUCCUCUUUACAUUAUCACACUUGAGUCAAGUACAAAGAUGAUAAGAAUAAAGGAAAUGAUCACCAAUUUUAGAAGAUCCUGAUUGUCAAACAAAUUCUCCCUGUCAUUACCUUGAGAAAUGUAGAGAGAUUAGUAUGGAGAAUAUGAGUACACCAAAUUACUUGACCACAGUAAAAUAGUGACCCCACUCAAAGCUGGACUCAUGAUAAGACGCCCCUCUCCCCCCAUAAAUUUAUUACUGACAUAAAGAGAAGAAACAAGAUUACAUUUGUGUAAUAAGUAAAGAGGAGUUACCCAUAGUUUCUCAUAGUAAAAGUUGAAAGGGGAGUUAUUGUAGCAUUAAUUUUGUUUUGUUUUUGUAUACAGAGCACAGCUGGUCCACUAGUUCCUAGACCACAAGCAGCUGUUGCUAUUCCGCAGACCAGUGGGAUGGUUGCCCCAGUAAGUGGAGACAACAAUCUGGGCAUCCGGCGUGCAGAAAUCAAGCAAGGCAUCCGUGAGGUGAUUCUCUGCAAGGAUGGAAGUGGAAAGGUUGGCCUACGUGUACGGGCUAUCAACAAGGGUGUGUUUGUACAGUAUGUACAUGCAAACUCUCCUGCUUCCCUAGGGGGGUUAAGAUUUGGCGAUCAGAUUUUGCAGAUCGAUGGUGAAACUUUGGCAGGCUAUAGUGGUGACAAGGUGAUGAAGAUUUUGAAGAAUGCAUCUGCACAGAGAAUUGUGUUUGCUCUUAGAGACAGGUGAGAAGUUCCCUAUGAUUUUGAAGCCUCCAUUUUGCACUCUUCUUUACCCUCAUGUGAAAUAGAAAAAAACAAUGUGAUAAAAUUGCUUGAUGUCAUUUUUCCUCAGGCCAUUUGAGCGAACAAUUGUUAUGCAGAAGGAUAGUAGUGGCCAUGUUGGAUUUGUGUUUAAAAAUGGUAAAAUCACUCAGAUUGCCAAGGAUACAUCUGCAGCAAGGUAAACAACUUGAAAUUAAAAUUAUGGAGCAGUAGUUUGCUACUUUCAUGUACUGCAGUAGUCUUUCAUUCUCAAAUAUUGACUUUCACAAAUUUCUUCAUGCUUUGGUCUUUUAUCACAAGGACAUUUAAAAUAUUUCAGUAGUAGGAAAAAGGUGUAUUUUUGGAAACAGAGGCUUGUCUAUAACUAUUCGCAACAAAAAAAAUUGCUCAAAAAUUUAUUAAGGGUUAUUCUUUGAACUGAUCAUAUUCUGGAGAAAAUGUUUGGUUACAGGCAAUUUGUAUUGGGAUGCAAGACCUUCUUUCAUUCAGAGGUUGAGAAUAUUUUCAUGAAUUUGUACUAUUCUUUGCUGCUGUAUUUCUUAAUGGAAACCCUGCAUGUUGUUACAUAGGAAUGGACUAUUGACAGAACAUAACCUUGUUGAAGUAAAUGGACAAAAUGUGGUUGGACUUAAGGUAGGAAAAGUUUGUCUUCUAAAGAUGCUUUCCUCUGCUAAAAGUGAGGGCACAAGGGUAGUGGCAUUGCAACUGCAGUAGUUUAAUGCAGAUAGACUGUUGGUGCUUUUGUUGAGAUAUCUACCCUAGCAGGGACUGAAAGCUGGCAGGAGCAAUUUCAAAUUUUUUUGGAGUAAUGCUUGUUCCUUUGUCUGAACUGUAGUAACUUUGCAAGAAACUCAAAUAUUGUUUCUAACACUUUUGUCUUAUUUUUUAAAGAAAGUUUUUGCUUAGUUAGAAAUUUUAACUUACAUGUAUGACCGACCACAGACAAGGAUAUAUGUUGGGUAGACAUUUAAAAAAUGGAAACAAAUAACCUCAUUUCUAUCUACAUUGUACAAUGAAAGCAUGAAUUUGUUUGAAUCAUCUGCAAUUUUAUUGUUGUCAAGCUUUGAAAAAAAAAGUGUAAGUUAGACCUAGUACAACACUUGCUAUGCAUAUAGCUAACAACUACAACAAGUUUCACAAAAUGCCCAUUAUGUGUUGAAUAAUUCUGUGGUAGUGCACAUCCCUAAAAUUGUGAGUUACAAUUAUUCUCUUUUCUUUAUUUUACAGGAUAGUGACAUCAAAGCAAUCCUUGAGAAGGCAGGUCAGACUAUCACACUGACAAUCAUACCAACUUUCAUUUUUGAGCAUAUGGUGAAAUGGUAAGAUUUGACUUUUUUGCACAAUUUGACUUUUGUAGGGCAAUUCUUAAAGUAAAUGUUCCACAGACACAAGUACACAAGCCUUGAGAAAAAAUUUUUUUCUGUAAAUCCAAUGAACAAUAUGUAAGGUCCACAUCAAUAGUUUUGAAUACUGCAUGUACUUUAUUUCCAAAACAACAAAGAAUGUGCAAUGGAAAUGAUUGUUUGAGGCUGGAAAGUGUUUGUUACAUUUGCAAUCAACAGAUGUUGCAUGUGAUCCUCGUGAAACUUAACAUUGUUCCAACAUUUAUUAUUGAAUGAGAGCCUUUUAGUUGUUGUUUAUUUUGGCUUCCCCCUUCCCCUACAUCUGAUUUUCCCUGACAAAAUAUACUCUCAGUCAUGUUGUUAUUAGAAUUUUUUCAAUUUGCUCUCCUUUUGGUUGAGCAAUUGAAAUCCUUGGGUGGUGUUUUUCCUGUGCUCCAGUGAAAUUGCCCAAUGCAAUGUUGGAUUUUGUGUGAUGACAUUUAACCCUUUCACUCCCGGUAAAGACCAAAACAGAGUUUCUCCUUACAAUAUCAGUACAAUCUCAAGUAGACAAGCAAUGAGAGUAUAGAAAAAUAUCAAUUAGAGAUUAUCAUUUAAAUCAAUACCAAAUUCUCCAAACUGAAAUUAUAAGCAAUGUAUGGCAGACAGUAUGGAGAAUUACUAUUGAAUUACUAUUGGAUUGUGGGAGUAAAAGGGUCAAAAUAAGUGUUCCACAGGCUCCACUGCAUGGACAAGAUAGUAACACUUACAAAUCAUUUAUUUUCAUUUCCACAGUAUGGGCGAAGGACUGAUGAAGAAAACCAUGGACCACAGUAUUCCUGACUUGUAA